AUGCUACUACAAAGAGUCAAAACAGAAGAGAAUAAGCGGAAUUGCAAAAAUUCUUAUAUCCUCAAUCUCAGCUCUUGUUGGAGUACCUUCAUAUUGUCUCUGUUAUACUUCUUCUGGUUUAGACCCAAUAAGAACGCAUCGGCUUCAAGCUCUUCUGAAGAUGGGUUUUUGCAUGUUUCUUAUCACAAUCUCUUAAAAGCGACAUGUGGAUUCUCCUCCACCAAUCUGCUUGGUGUGGGAAGUUUUGGGUCUGUGUACAGAGGGCUGCUUGAUCAAACUCAAUCGAUUGUGGCCAUCAAGAUUCUCGACCUUACACGUGAUGGAGCUUCCAAGAGCUUCAUAGCCGAGUGCGAGGUCUUGAGAAGAAUCCGACAUCGUAAUCUUGUGAAGGUACUUCGGGUGAUUUUAGGAAAUGAUUUCAAGGCACUUGUCUACGAGUUCAUGUCAAACGGAAGCUUGGAUGAGUGGCUGCACUCAACCGCAUCACAAUAUACGGAGAGAAACAAGUUGAGUCUACUAGAGAGAGUGAAUAUUGCAAUCGAUGUUGCUUGUGCACUAGAUUAUCUCCAUCAUCACUAUGAAAUGCCAAUAGUUCAUUGUGAUCUAAAGCCAAGUAAUGUCCUUCUUGACGAUGAAAUGAAUGGACAUGUAGGCGAUUUUGGGCUUGCCAGGUUCCUUCCAGAAGCAACACAUAAGUUGCUAGUAGAUCAAUCAAGCUCUAUCAGAGUAAAAGGAUCUUUUGGCUACGUAGCUCCAGAGUAUGGCAUGGGAAGUGCGGUAUCUACAGAAGGAGAUGUGUAUAGCUUUGGAGUCCUCAUUUUGGAGAUGUUCACAGGCAAAAGGCCGAUUGAUGACAUGUUUGAAGAUGGGUUGGACCUUCAUCGCUUCACAAAGGCAGCUUUGGCAGACCGAGUGGAGAAGGCAAUUGAUCCCAUUUUGCUUCAAGAAAUCGAGGAGUUAGAGAAGAGACGAACAAUUGCUCCAGAGGGCAAGAACAAGAGCUGGUGUAGUAUCAAGGAUUGUUUGGUUUUGAUCAUCGAAGUAGGAAUCACUUGCUCUUUUGAGUCUUCGAAGGAGCGAAUGGACAUCUAUGAUGCAUUGACUAAACUCCAAGGAAUGAGGAAGAAACUUCUUGAGUUCAUUGUCACUAUCUAGUUGAUGUCAAAUUUAAACUUCAUAUGGAGUCAUGUGGUCUUCAUGGUCAUUGCUUUUUGGUUUUUCUUCCUUUGUAAUCCAACCAUUCUCUAGAUGUUAUGUUUUGUCUUUCAACAAUUUGGUCUUCAUGGCAGGUAUGCACUACUUGUACC